CUGCUAGACACUGCCUGGAGUGCAGGGCGCGGUCGAUAGGGCCACCCAGUUGGCAGGCAGGCUUGCCUGGCAACGGGGCGCGGAGAUCAGGCCCGGUUGGUUGCUAAGGGCGGGGCCGAGCGCAGCGCAGCGCUUAGAGGCGGCCCCGUACGUAGCGAGCUGGAAGUCCACGCGACCGCGGAGGCAAAGAAAGGGACCCGGAUGCCGGGACCAUGGAGUUCCCUUUUGAUGUGGACGUGCUCUUUGGGGAGCGGAUUACGACGGUGGAUCAGCACUUGCAGUCGUCGGGCCGAAGGGGAGCCGGGUUCGCCACGACCCACAGGGUAGAUCUGCAGCAGCAGCUCAUGACGAUCAUAGAUGAGAUGGGCAAGGCUUCUGCCAAGGCCCAGAAUCUGCCAACUCCAAUCACCAGUGCCUCACGAAUGCAAACCAACCGCCAUGUUCUCUACAUCCUGAAGGACAGCGAACCAAAAACGACUGGUAAGGGGGUCAUAAUUGGCUUCCUCAAGGUUGGAUACAAGAAACUCUUUGUACUGGACCGCCACGGAGCUCACAACGAAGUGGAACCACUGUGUGUGUUGGACUUUUACAUUCACGAGUCCCUCCAGAGGCACGGCUAUGGGAAGGAGCUCUUCCACUACAUGUUGCAGCGAGAGCGAGUAGAGCCCCACCAACUGGCUGUGGAUCGCCCUUCAGAGAAACUGCUUUGCUUCCUCCGGAAACACUAUAACCUCAAUGACACGAUUCCCCAGGUGAACAACUUUGUGGUUUUCCAGGGCUUUUUCAGCCACCAGUAUGCUCCAGUAAGAAAGUUACCCCCAAAACGUCACGAGGGGGAGAUAAAACCAUAUUCCUCAUCGGACCGAGAGUUCCUGAAGGAAGAAGUUGAACCUCCAUGGCCCUUCAACCAGUCUCGUUCGCUGACCCGCUCUAGCAGUCUGGGGAACUCCCCCGUGCGGGGCUGCCUCAAGCCUUUCCUCAACGAGCAGGAGCUGCUCAAGAACCUGCACCUCUGCCCUCCCCACUCGACUGCUCACCAUCUGAUGAAUGGUGAACCCGGAGACCCGGCUUCACAGAGGCGGAGAACCAGCUCCCUGAAUCGUGCUGAAAACAGCCAUUGAUCGCCGGUCUCUGCUGUGUCUCCAGUCAUUGGGCCUCCAUUUGUGUCUUGAGUUCUUUCUAGCAGCGAGAUUUGGUUUUACAUCCAAUUUCCUCAUCCCUUCCUUUUUAUAAGCUUUAUGAAUAGAGCCUGUAAGGAUGUGGGUUUAUUUAUAUAGUGAGUGUAUGUAUGUUUUAGGUCUUACUUCACUUUUUUUAUGCCAAGAUUUCCAAAAGCCCUUAAGAAAGGGAACCUAGUUGCAUUUUUGGAGAGCAGAACCAAUUGCUAGGCUUUAAAGAAAUAAGAAAUUCAAAUUAUUUUUUAAGUUGUGCUUCAGUUCCAAAGUGGCCAGAGUUCACAGCUGGGAUAUGGUGUUCAAGGUAAAUAACCUUCCUUGUUUUGCCACUAUGGUCUGCUGCCUCUUGCCAUAUAGACCUGCCUGGUGCAGGUCAGUGGUCUGUGGUGACCUGCCAAUCAUGGAUCCAAAGAAGAUGAUGUAAGCUUAUUGUAAAUUACCAUUUAGUUUAGAAGAUUUCUCUUUGAAAAACAGGCCACAGUGAUUAAACAAAUGGUUCUCAGAUGGCAGAUUUACGGUACUGUUAAAAACAAUGAAAUUAAUUAAAUGGUUAUAGUCUUAGCACCAUUUAGGCAGGUGCCAUUUUGGAUUUACAGUGUUAGGCAACAUCUGGCCUUCUCUCUGUGGUUUUUUGACUGAAGACAAGACAGUUUUAUUUUGGAGCUUCAAAGAGGCAUCAGCCAGUGGUGCAUGCAUAUCCUGCUGUUGUCUCUGGAGGUAUAUUAUUAUUAUUUCUUAUAAUGCUUCAAAAGCUUGUUUUCUUUUACAUGGGGUCUGCUACUUUAGCAGUGCCCAAGUCAGAGGAACUGUCAGCAGUCUCGUUUUAAAAUGAUGUUUCCCUUGAACGUUUGGGUAGUUAGCAGAAAUCCCUUCUAUUUUCAUCAAGUAUUCUAACAAAGUGGGCUGCUAUCUAUGAAAACCUAGGGCUACAACAGGUGUUGUUUUAACCUUUUAAGGCACAACAAGGCCCCCUGUUUUCUUUAAUUUGAUACAUUUUAUCAAUGACUGCAUCUAGAAUAAUUGUUCUCAGGCAUCCAGACACAGCUUUUGUGAAAUAGAACAGAGCUGGUUUGCUCUCUUUUUAAGACUGUCCAUAUGCAAUGAGUGGCUAACAUACGUAGAGAUGUGGACAGGUGAGGAAUGAUUUUUUAGAUAGAUGUGUGAGUAAGCUAGGAACUGCUGUGAACCUAUUUGCAAGGCUGGACUGGGGGUGGGCACUAAGAGGCUCCAUGAAACCCCAUGGCUUUCUUAUCUGCCUCCUCAUGUAAUCUCUUUCUUUGAAAUAAUGCCUCGUCUUUGCCCCCACCCUCGCCAUUACGCACCCCAGACACUUUCUAGAUGCUCAUUGCCUUUACCUUGGAACGAGAGACAAAUGAACAUGAUUUAAAGUAUAUUGAGUCAGACCAUUGGUCCAUCUAGCCCAGUGCCAUCUAAUUUGACUGGCAGCCUCUCUCCAAGGUCUGUGAUGGAAAGGGGCCUUUCCUAGCCCUGCCACCCGAGAUCCUUAACCUGGAGAUGCUUGGUCUGAGGCGGGAAAGCUGUGGCUCUCCAGAUGUUGCUGCCAAUUCCCAUCCUCCCUGGCCAUUGACCGUGCUGGCAAGGGCUGAUGGAAAUUUGAGUCCAGCAACAUCUGGAGAGCCACUGUGAGAGGGAUUGAGCCUGGGGCCUUCUGCAUGCGUGCAAAGCAGGCUUCUGCUCUCCCUUCUCCAAUAGACCCCUCUAGAAGUGGGAAAGGUCCUGUAAUGCAUCCUUUGCAAUCAGAGUUGAGCCCAGCAAUUGCCCCAGCUGUUCACAGCUAAAAUCACCUGGGGCACUUCAGUGUUUCUUCCCCCUGCCACCCCCAAGAGAACUCCUAAUGAAGUUAUGAAUGGAGUCAAAAAUACUUAUGGAGGCUCCGUUUAGUGUAGUUACAGUGAGAAAGUGGGAGGGAAAUCUGGUUCCAUUAUUCCUUUUAAGUGCAAUAUUCUUUUUACCAAGUAUCCAUAGAAUGUGCUAGUAGCGGUUUUACUCUUUCUCCAUCCAAAUGGUGAGAACGUUUUUUUUCUUUUUAAUGUCCACCUUCCUGGGGGGCCAGGCCAAGCAUCUGUAGAGAGAACUGAAUAAAUCCCACUACAGGCCUUCAGCUCCCCAAAACUGUAAUUCCAAUCCAUUGGGUUACUCUAAUCCUUCUCUGCAGUUCCAGCCCUGCUUCAUUCUUUCAUCUUCUUCUGCUUUAUGAUCUACCAAUUGUGUUGCCUUUAGGUUUUUUGGACGUUUGUAUGUCUGUAUUGUGUUUUGCCCUGUACACCUUUUAGAAUGGGACAGCAGUGCCCCUAAGGCGGCCCGAUGUGUUUGCUUUGCAGCUUAAAAGGACACGGAUUUGGCAAUUGGAAGCCUACAGCACUUGCCUCUGUGCUUGCAAAGCAGGAGAAGUCCUUACAGGACUAUAAAUGGAUGCCUCCGCUUGAGAAGCAGAAGCUCUGUGCUGUGUUUUCAGAUUUGGGAGCAGAAAUGGACAGGUUCAGAGGGUUGAGAGGAGGAAACUUGAGGUCCCAAGAAUGAGAGUUGGCUCUUGAGUGCCAGGGAGGGGGAAUUAGACCCUAGCGACAAGAAAGUGAAAGGUGCCAGACAUGCAAACUGGAGAAUUAUUAUGCCAGAGAAGCAAUUGUACAUACAUUUGGGGCUGUGUGUGCUAGAAAAAAAUGUGCCAAGGCAGCCCAAACUCUGUGCCAGGAAAAGCAGCAACUCGUUGAUCAACUUGCAUACAAAGUUGCUUCGCUUUCAUAACCAAGAUGUUUACUUAAUUGAUAGUUGUAGUAAUAUAAGCAGCAAUGGAAUGAUAGAGCUUGUGCGGUAUGGUGGAUGGGAUGUUGGAUGAUGAUGGGGAAAACCUGGGUUCAAAUCCACACUCACCCUUGAUGCUUCCUGGGUGACUUUCUCUCUUUGUCUAACCUACCUCACAGGGUUGUUGUGAGGAUAAAAUGGGGACAGGAAACAAAUGUAAUGCGUGCCAGCCCGAGCAACUCGAAGAAAGGGUGGGAUAAAAAUAUAGCAACAAUUAAAAUUCAGGGCACUGAAACUCUGCCUUCUGACACCUGUCUUCUGCUCAGAUCCUCCACUGGCUUUAAUUCUGUCUUCACAGAUGGGCUCACAAAUUUGCUGCUGUAACUUAGGUAAUGAAACCUCCGUCUCAAGAUGCUAAAUUCGGAGCCAAUACUGUAUUCCUCAUGAGUGCUGAAAUGGCAGAACUGUGAAGUACAUGCAGUCAGUCCAGUAUAUGGUGCACUCAUUGACACAGUUUAUUUUGUGCUCUCAGUGUAACUAGCACCACUGUGUAAAAAGAGGCAGGGCAGGAGAUGGUAAGUCAGCGGCAGACACAGUUAAAGCACUGUCAGUCAUCCUGUGUGGUCUGCCAAUUGUCCUGUGUGGCAAUGUGGGCGGUUCCUGUCUGUGGUUAUACCUCACAUAGGCUGGGCAUGUAACCAUACCCUUGUUGCAUGGUUGGACCAUCAGGCAGGAUGGAUUCUGUUGUAACAGGAGACCACUAUGCUUCCUCGCUUGAGCGCAUAGGAACUGCCACCUCAUCUUGCUUUUGGUUUCUAAAAGUGGCCAGCCAGUUGCCCCCAGGAAGUUCAUUAGCAUUCUUGGAUUUCUUGCUUCUCUUUAGCCUCUGCUUCUGGUACUUGGAGGCAUGCUUGCAAUUCCAUUUUAAGUUCUAAUUUCUAAUAGCUGGUGAUGUUCCUAUCCUCCAUGACUCUGAGUAAUCCUUUCUUUUCUUAUUUUUAAAAAAGACAACCAACCUAUUGGCCAACUAAUUUCUUAAUGGCUCAGGCUGCUUUUAAUUUUGGUUCAUAACAACUUGCUCUUGGACCAGACACUUGAAGGAUACUGAGCUUCAAAAGCAAGUAUUAAUAUAAACUUCAGGGCUGGUCCUACCAUUAGGCAAAGUAAAGCAGUUGCCUCAGGCAGUAGAUGCUGGGAGGCAAAGAAUGGCAGUGUGGUGUUGGAGACUGGAGCUGUGUGUGCUGGGUGGCCAGCCUUGCACCCUCUAAGUUAGCUUACCAUCAUCUGGUCAGGAGGUUGCCCCAUCACCAUUGUCAAAGUAAAGAUUCUUCUGUAUGUGAGGGCAUGUCAUUGUGGACUUAAGGCAACGAAAUGUCUUGGAGCAGCCCUGAUAAAUGUAUCAUAUAGCCUUGAUAGUUAAAAAUAGCUCUCCAAGUACAAAUAAUAAUAAUAAUAAAAUUUUAUUUGUUAGUCGCCUAUCUGUCCGAAUUAACGGACACUCUAGGCGACUUACAACAGCAUAAUAAAAUACAAUACACAAUUCAAACACAUUCAUCAAUUAAACUAACAUGAAAACAUCAAUUAAUACAUCAAAACUAAUCCACCUCGAAGUUCCUGUAGGCCUGCCUGAAUAGCCAGGUCUUUAAAGCUCGGCGAAAACUCAUCAGGGAGGAGGCAUGUCGGAGAUCGUAGGGGAGAGAAUUCCAGAGGGUGGGGGCCACAACCGAGAACGCCCUCUCUCUGGUCCGCACCAGCCGAGCUGUUUGACCGGUGGGACGGAGAGGAGGUCCUGCGUGGCUGAUCUUGUAAGGCGGCCUAAUUGGUGAUACUGGAGGUGGUCCUUCAGAUAUACCGGGCCGAAACCGUAUAUGGUUUUAAAGGUCAAUACCAACACCUUGAAUUGGGCCCGGCAAACCACUGGUAGCCAGUGAAGAUCUAUCAACACCGGGGUGAUAUGUUCCCGGCGACGGCUACGCUUAAUCAAGCGUGCCGCCGCAUUCUGUACCAGCUGCAGUUUCCACGUAGAGCGCAUUACAAUAGUCUAAGCGAGAGGAGACCAGGGCAUGUAUCACUCGUGGGAGCAGAUGUACAGGAAGGUAGGGUCGCAGCCUCUGUAUCAGAUGUAAUUGAUACCAAGCUGCCCGGCUCACUGCCGAGACCUGAGCCUCCAUGGACAGCUGGGAGUCAAGAAUGACCCCUAGGCUGCGGACCUGGUCCUUCAGGGGUAAUCUCACCCCGUUAAACACCAAGUCGAUGUCUCCCAACCUUCUCUUAUCACCCACGAGUAACACCUCAGUCUUGUCGGGAUUUAGCUUCAGCCUGUUCUCGCCCAUCCAUCCACUGACGGACUCCAGGCCCUUGGACAUGGUCUUCACAGCCAACUCUGGUGAGGACUUAAAUGAGAGAUAGAGCUGAGUGUCAUCCGCAUAUUGGUGACACUGCAGCCCAAAUCUCCUGAUGAUGGCUCCCAGCGGCUUCACAUAGAUGUUAAAUAGCAUGGGGGAGAGGAUAGAACCCUGUGGUACUCCACAAUUAAGAGGCCAAGGGUCUGAAACCUCAUCCCCCAAUGCUACCUGUUGGUACCUGCCUGAGAGAUAGGAAUGGAACCACCGUAAAACAGUGCCCCCUAUUCCCAAUCCCUCUAGGCGAUUUAACAAGAUACCGUGGUCAACGGUAUCAAAAGCCACUGAGAGAUCCAGGAGGACGAGGAAGGUAUAUUCUCCCCUAUCCAACGCCCUCCUCAUAUCAUCUACCAGGGCGACCAAGGCUGUUUCAGUUCCAUGUCCAGUCCUGAAGCCCGAUUGGAAUGGAUCUAAAUAAUCCGCUUCAUCCAAGUGUGUCUGUAGUUGUUUAGCCACCACUCGCUCUAUCACCUUGCCCAAGAAUGGUAAGUUGGAGACAUUAUAUCCCUAUUCACUAGAUGCUGAGCACAACUUGGGGGUGGCUCUCUUCAUCAUUCUUGUUGGAAGCUAUUUCUCUCUUGGAGCAUCUGGCUCAUCACUGUGACAGACCCUUAGAUGAGGAUGAUUAAUCUGAUUUACUAGUCACUUGUUACCUUUCAUACAACACCUACAAUUCAGAUUAUAUGAGAACUGGUUUGACCUCGCAUGGCAAUUCUUAUGUCUUUUAUCACAUCCCCAGUUCCAUCAUUAUAACCUAUGCAACUGCUCCCCACAAACCUUUCCUAACUGGGGAGAAAAAUGAAGCUAGCUGUGGCAGCUGCUUGGAGAGGAAGUCCAUGCCAAGGUAGUACAUUGCUUAGUAUCUUAAGCCUGUCCCUAGAGUGAAGCUCAUGAACCCAAGUAAUGGCCCUUAUUCCUGACCACGAUAGACUCUAAAGCAGCUGAGAUGUGGAGAACUCCCAAUGUACCCUUUCUCUUUUAAAAUUCAGGUUAGGCCGCUUGGCAGCAUCCCUCCUUGAAGCUUGCCCCUAUCAGUACCUUUCUCUACCAUCCCUUCUUACCAAAGCACCCAAGACUCUGAACUGUCCUUGGCUGUUGGUGUCUGGCAUGGAAAAUAUGAACUUUUGUUUACAUUUCAAUAAAGUUUGGAUUUUUUUUAAAGUUUCAAUAAGUGGUCUUGUCUCUGUGUUUCACAUCUGCUAGCUUCUAGAAUAACUAAGUCCUCUUCUUGCCUUAUAACGUCUCUUCCAGAUCUCUCCUGUAAUGUGUGCAUGUAUGGUCCAGCUCUGAAGAAAAUCCAGUGUUGGAGCAGGUGGGCCUCUAAAAUUUGAGGCUAAAGUGGGCAUCUUGCAAAAUUAUAUAUCAUCAGCUCAAGGAUCCCAUCUUCUUGGACUGGGUGUAGAUUUUAUUGGCUUUCCUCAUUCUUCUGAAAUCUGGCCACUUGGGGUGAAGCUUCUCAGUAACUACCUCACUGCAGAACCACCUGCAGUUCAGAGGCAGAGCAGUCUUGGAAGCCAUGGGAAAACCCCUUAAUUCGGUAGAAAAUGCUAGGGGAUAGAGUGACAUCAAAGAGGCCAAACAUAACCUUGGAAGUUGAACCUGGAACUAGAUGUUACAGCUAUUUAUCUGCAACAUUUAUAUACAGUAGGGCCACACUCUUGGCAGGUUAGGUUCCAGACCCCUGCCGAAAAGCUAAAAGCACCGAAAAGCGGAUCAGCUGGGGGUCUAGAACCUAACCCACUGAUUGCGCCGGAAGAGAAGAUCAGCUGUAGCGCGCUACAGCUGAUCUCCUCCGGCGAGAUCAGCUGGAGCGGGGGGGGGGAGGUCUCAUCACGCUGGAAGAGGAGAAGAUCAGCUGGAGCACAAUACAGCUGAACUUCCUCUCCUCCUGCAAGAUCAGCUGGAGUGCGGGGAGCUCCAGCUGAUCGCCCUGCUGGCGCCGUAUUAGCAGAAUGCUGAAAAGUGGGGUGCCAAGAACCAGGGCCCUACUGUACAGUAAUAACUCAGUUAACAAAGUCGAUGCGUUCCUGGACAUAUCUUUAACAGAAACUUUGGUACCAGAGGUAGGAAUAACAUGAAUAGGGAUAGGUUCCUACACCCACUCAUAGAUGGUGGUGGCAACUUCAACAGGGGCUUUAAAGGAUGCCUACCCAGCACCCUCCCACUCCUUCCCCUCGUCUGAAUCAUAUUGGAUCCUUCCCUCCCUAGCUCUGGGAGAAAGCAAGAGAUCUCUUUAAUGCAAAGCAUACAGGUUUGUCAAUUUCACCCUAGCAAAGCAAAGGCACAAUUUAUUGAUAGCAAUGCGAAGACACAUGCUGGUCAGUUUCACCUUAAAGCAAAGGCUUAGGCUUGUUAGUUUAUUGAUAGCAAAGCAAAGACAGAGGCUGGUCAGUUUUGCCUAAAGGCACAGGCUUGAAAGUUUUCAUGUAGCAAAAUGAAGUUGAUCAGUUUCACCUUAAAAAAAAGCCUUCCUUAAAAGGAGCUUCCUUCCUGGAGGAUUUGCUAACUGAGGUAUUAGAGUACCACCUUCUCUGGUAACGCCCUCAAGGUGGUUUACAGUUUCAAAGAGUGGCUUAUGAUCUGACAGGAAAAAGGUGAGGAGGAGGAAGAGAAAAAAAUAUUUGGUACAGUUAUGAGUCUCUUGACUUCCUAUGUUUUCCCUUCAGCCGCCAAUGCUGUAAGGUGGGAAGAAGCAGGAUAGCAGGAGAGAAUAACACUGAAUAAACAUCACAGGGGAGAGCAAAACAUGGAGGCAUAGUCAGGUGUGAGUUGAGAGGCUUUGAAAGGUAUAAUUCUAGACACUGAAGAACUGUUGGAAGAGAAGUGUCUGGAAUCUUGGGUUGGGCAGUGCCUACUCUUGGGGCUUCUCGUGGCCCAAACUGGAUAGAAGUGAUAUUAUGAAUCGUGGAUACAGAAUAUGGGGCACUGCCUUAUCCUGCCAGAUUGUUGGACCUUCUAGUCAAGUGCUGUCUGCUCUGCAGUAUUUUCCAGCUCUAUUCUCUGAGAAUGUUUAACUGAAGUUGCCAUGGAUUGAGCCUGGGACCUUGCAGAUGCAAACCAGCUGCUCUGCCAUUUGAUAGAAAUUGGUUCAGCGGUGGCAUAAGUCUACGAUGGUGGCUGAGAUGACAGUGCAUCCGAUACAAAACAAGACCCCUACGUUCAAGCAGUCACAAAAGAACCGUGAGCUUCCCAGCAUCUUGGAUUCUGUCACAGCUUUUCCUUACGCAAGGGGCCCCUGAUACCAUCAUCCACCAAUGGCCAAAGAGACACGGUCCUGCUUUUUUCCUUUUCCAGGAAUUGGUGUAGAAUAGUCAGCAGAACUGGGAUUUCCUAGGUUCAGGGUCAAGGCACAAUUGAAUAGAGUAUUGACACUGAAUGCAAAAUCCCAGUUCAAACCUCUACUUUUCCUUGGGUGAAUAACUUGCCUCUCUUGAGCUCACCUUAAUGUACAGCGUUGUGAGAAUGAAUUGGGAGGGAUGAUGUAAUAUAACUUUUCCCAAGUACAAGGGAAAUUCAGUUAUGAUGCUGCUUGCUUCUCUCACCCCCUGCCCCUCCAGGAACUAUCCACUCCUAGUAGUGUAGUGGCAAAUUCAGAAGUGCAGGGUCUCUUCAUGUUAAUCACAGCCAUGCCUCCUCCCUGUUUUUUUUUUUUUUUUUGGUUUUUUUUUUUUGCUGUGGGGUUGAGAAGGAGAUCCUUGAUAAUUCCUAAGAACUAAUAAGCAUGAAAGAGAAGAGUGUUAGCUACUGAGAAGAGUCUUCUCAGUGUUUGGCUCACCUCCUUUCACUCUUGAUUGGCUCCAAUCCACAGGAAAUGACAAGGAAGCAUGUUAGAAGACUUUUCUCAGUGGCUAACUCACUACCCUUUCAUGUUGAUUGGCUUGUAGGAUGCUGGAGACAUUGGGACCCUGCUCCCAAAAGAGUAAAGGGUCUAAGACCCCCCGAGACCCUGCACGACUACACCCCUGCCCACUCCAAUAUCAUUCCUUUUGAGCAGGGAAAAAACCUGGCCCCUGCUGCCUGGAUUUCAUUCUGUGCACCUUUUCUCUACAAUACAUCCCUUUGUCCUGUUGCAGCCUUGCUUGGCGUUGCCAUUCUUCCCAUUGCUUCCUUCUGUUGCUGCCACCUCAUCUCCACCCUCCUGCUUGUCUUUCGCCUCCCAUC